AUGUCCGAACUACUUGGAAGCCAAGAAUUGAAGCUAGUCUCCGACUAUCACCCUUCUCCACAAUACCACUUAUGCGAGCCGAGCCCAGAUGCACUCACCUCUGUCAUCGAGAACGAGCGUACUCGCCGGUUACUACUGCAACAGUUUAUAAAACUAGAGACAGAGCUCGAAAAGUUAGCAGAGAAUCACCCUACGCACGACGACGGUACCCCGCCAAUGAUAGACUACCUUGAAAAGUUCUUUCUGUUAUUGAAAGAGGAGAUGCAGUUGGUUAUAAAGUUAUCAAAUGUUCUAAAAGAACGCAUAGGAAACCCCGAAAUCUAUAUCGCUAUGGAAAGACUCUCCGACAGUGAGUUCAACCGAGCUUAUGCUUCUUUAAAGCAGAAUCCCAACAGCCAGAUGCGAAGAGAGCUAGCCCAAAACUCUCAGGAUCGCGGUGACUACUUUUGCUCUUCUGGACGGUUACUUGAGUCCUCAAAGGUGAAUAAUAUGAAUGACAAACUUGGCCAAAGCCCUCCAUCCUAUGAUAUGGCGGCUAGUGUUCGGAAAGCGAGUGAUGGUGCUAUCGCAAAAUCGCCUCGGAGUUUUGGGAAGAAAUUUUGGAAAUAUUUAGCUCGACUUUAA